AUGAAUAAAAAUGGGAAUAUUUAUUCAAUUAAAAAAGGUAAAGACGAAUUUUGUGUUCUUUUUUUAUAUAAUAAUAUUGAUAACAAUAAUAACAAUGACAAUAAUAAUAAUAACAUUAAUAAUAAUUAUAAUAAUAAUAAUAGUAAUAAUUUUAAUAAUAAUAAUAACUUUAAUAAUAAUAAUAAUAAUUUUAAUAAUAAUUAUAUUUAUAAUAAUAACAAUAACUUUAAUAAUAAUAAUAAUAAUAAUAAUAAUAAUAACAAUAACUUUAAUAAUAAUAAUAAUAAUUUUAAUAAUAAUUAUAUUUAUAAUAAUAAUAAUAAUAAUAAUAAUAAUAGUUUUAAUAAUAAUAAUUUAUAUAAUAAUUAUAAUAAUUAUAAUAAUAAUAACAAUAUUUAUAGUUUUAAUAAUAAUAAUAUAAAUAAUAAUUAUAAUAAUUUUAGUAACAAUAAUAAUAAUAAUUAUUAUAAUUAUAAUGACAAUAACAAUUUUAAUAUUUUUAAUAAUAUUAUAUAUAAUAACAAUGAUAAUUUUAAUAAUUAUAAUAACGAUAGCUAUAAUGAUGGUAGUUUAAAUUUAGAUAACAUCUACUCCAAAACCAGAGACAACAAAUGUAGAAAUGGAGUAAGAUAUUUACCAUCUCGCUUUUUUAAAGAGACCUCAAUAGAACCACAAGAGAGAACAGCCCCACAUCUUAAUCCUUCAACCCCAGCCCCAAAUAAUAUAAAUAACAAUAAUAAUAAUAUAAACAAUAGUAACAAGACAUUAGAGUCGGAUGUAUUAUUAUUAGAAAUAAUAAGAAAGGAUAAAGAAAAAACUGAAAGGGAAAAAUCAGUAAAAGAACUCAGAAAUGAAUUGAAAAAAUUAGAAAGAGAAAUUCAAGAAACUGAACGUUCCGAAAGAUCAGCAAGAGAAAGGGAACGUUUAGAAAAUUUUGAAAUAGAAAGAAGAGAAAGAGAAAGAAGAGAAAGAGAAAGAAUUGAAAGAGAAAGAUUUGAAAGAGAAAGAAUUGAAAGAGAACAAAGAGAAUGGGAACGUACCCAAAAUUUAUUAAGAGAAAGAGAACUACAAGAAAGGGUACGUAGAGAACAUCUUGGAAGAGAAAGAAUGGAUGUUGAACAGCCAGAAAGACAACAACCUAGAAGACAACCAAGAGAAACAGAAAGAAUGCAAAUAGAGCAUUCACAAAGACAACCAACAGAAAUCGAAACAAUGUCAAUAGAGCGUCCACAAAGACAACAACCAGAAAGAGAAACAAUGCAAAUCGAGCAUCCAAAUAGACAACCAGAAAGAAUGCAAACACACCAACCAGAAAGACAACAACCAAUAAGACAGGCAAGAGAAAGUACCCAAAAUGUAUCAAGACAAAGAAUGGAAGUAGAUCAUUCAGAAAGGGUACAAAGAGAAAACUAUUUAAGACAACAACUACUAAGACAAAGAGAUCAACAAGCAAGAGAAAGUACCCAAAAUGUAUCAAGACAAAGAAUGGAAGUAGAUCAUUCAGAAAGGGUACAAAGAGAAAAUUAUUUAAGAGAACAAUUAUUAAGACAAAGAGAUCAACAAUCAAGAGAAAGUACCCAAAGAAGAAAUAGAAGAACAUAA